GGCCUAAUUGCACUAGUUCUAGAGUUCCAGGCCUACCAAAGUUUCCUAUAGUUUCUAUCUGUUGGGUUACUUGACAAUUUGAGAUCAAGGACAACAUAGGAUUAGGCAGCAAGUUAGACUCACACUUUGCUCCCAAAACAGUUGAUUAGGUUUUUGAGGAAUGAAUUCAGAUUGCAUAUUAUGUAAGUACUAAUAAUCUUGCAUGCGCAAUGCGCGCGUCACUAAUAUAAAUUCUGCAAAAGCAAAUUAUAUUCCCAUUAGUAAAAAUAUAUCAAAUUAACCAUCAAUGUCUUUGUGAAUCUCAUGCCUUCUGGUGGCACUUGAACAAAGAUGAUUUGCACCUUCUUUAUUAUACAAGUUUCAUGUAUCAUCUUAUAUUAAAACAAACAACAAGUUAUGAUGAUGAACAACUAUGAUAUGCUCUUAUAACUUCAAAUCUUACACGUAAACCCACGUACUAUAGACAGGUAAUCACUUUCAUAUGAACAUAAUAUCGUUCUCUUGGUGACAUGACAGAAUCUAAAUGUCCAUCCAGACAUAGUCAAAACAUGAAGCAAAUAAUCAGUUUCACAAUACCAGCUGUAAAAGAAAUAGUCUCACAGCAAGAUGCAUAAAUGGAGCAAAUAAUCAGUCUCACAAUAAGAUACAACAUGUUUCAAGUAGCUAAGUAUUUGUUUUGAUGCAUUUUGGUUCAACAAAGCUAACAAAAAGGCUGAAAUAAACCCAAAUGAGAAAAAUGGCAGUUAUAUUGUGUGCAAAGUGGGAAAUACACGCCCAAAGAAAAAUAAAUCUGUCUGGUAUAAUCUGCAAUAAAAUGUAUAGUCCAACUACCAGCUAAAUGAUCUUACCUUUUUUGCUUGUACAUUGCAUGUGAGAUUCAAACCUUUCAUUGUUCAUUCUUCUUUAAGUUAUAACCUGCAUCAAGGAAGGGGCAUGACUUAAUGUGAAAUGGAUGAGCGGAAAGAGCUAUUGACUUAAGGAGAUGCAGGUCCAGCUGCUAUAAAACAUAUGAGAGUCAACAGCCUUCGAAGAACUUCUAUUGUUGCAAUGGAGGCCAAAAUUUUCCAGUUUCUCAAUCUUGUUGGAGUCGGCUUUAAAGCAAGAACAGAGCGCAAAGUCUGUGAGCUAUUUCUGAAAGUAGGCUACAACCAGGAGGUGCAGUUCACCGCCCAACCUCCCUUACGCCUCUUCUGUUUAACACCCAACAUAAUAUGCUGCACCGGUAUUGACAAUCAUAGGGCGCACCAUCUUGCAGUUCAAGAGGCUCUUAAUAUGAAUGAAUCUGAACUGCAUGGUCGUCAGAUCAUGGUUUCAGCAAAGAGUACCAAUGUCCCUCGGAUGAAGCAGCAUCCACCACGCAGAGCAUUUAAUCCAUACCAUGGAUACCAUUAUAGAUCAUAUGGGUUACCGUAUUUUCCACCUUACGGUGGUUAUGAGAGAGUUCCCAGAUUCCGUCGGCCAACCCGCUAGAGGCCUUACUACUGAAGUAUGACGUUUCAUGAAGCGCUAUACCAACCAUAUUCGAUGUGCGGAAUAAUUAGUCUACAUGCCGUUUAGAUAAAUUUAUGUGCAGCCAUGGCCAACUUAGCUUCUUCAGUGGUAACUGAAUGCAAUCUGGCAGCUAAGUUAGUUAUGUUGCUUGAUUCAGAAUACUCUUUAUCCUACUUUUUUAAUUGUUCAAUUUAUCAUUCCGGUUUUAACCGAGCGUAAGAUCACCAAACUAAUGCGAAGUUCUGAACCAAACUGAUGCGAAGUUAUGACCAACUGGAAAA